GAGGAUAGAGGAAACUAACAUGUAGUUCAAGGGUUCUAAAAGAAACUGUGGUGGAAGAAAAUGACUGAAAUAAGCCGACAAGUCUUCAUGUUGGUGUUGCAGUUUGUUUUCUUUUCUCUGGCUGAUCAUCAGGAUGGCCUCCACAGGCCAGUGGAGGAUGAACCAGAGCAAACUCGGGGUCUCUGCAGCUAUGGUCAGAUCACUUCCUGUUGUUUUGGAUGGAAGAAUGUGAACAAUAUUUGUGAGCCAAUGUGCAAGAGGUCCUGUAUAAAUGGAAAAUGUGUGGGACCAGACAAGUGUUCAUGCUCCACGGGAUAUAAAGGACCGCAGUGCAAUGACGAUGUGAAUGAGUGCGGUUUGCCGGAGAGGCCGUGUUCCCAGCGCUGCAUGAAUACACACGGUAGCUAUCGCUGUUACUGUGAACCUGGAUACACACUCAGUGCAGAUGGAUACACCUGCACCAGAGAGGCCGCAUGUUCCUCCCUGCGCUGCCAGUUUGGUUGCCAGAUGGAGAGGGGGGGUGCGGUGCGCUGUCUGUGUCCCCGUGGCCUCCACCUGGCUGCUGACAACAAGACCUGUGAAGAUGUAAACGAGUGUCGGCAGGGUGCAUGUCCACCACGGCGGACAUGCAAGAACACUUUUGGCAGCUUCGUAUGUGUGUGCAAGCAGGGCUUUGCGAUGGGGACGCUGGAGGGCUCGGAGAAAUGUCGAGAUAAGGACGAAUGUUUAACCGGGUCUCACCAGUGCAGCCGCCACGCUCAGUGCUUCAACAAUGAUGGUUCCUACACCUGUCACUGUUUGGAGGGAUACUUCGGCAAUGGGCGCACCUGCCGGCCCAGGAGAGCCCCACAGUCCAAGGCUCUCGCGUACUUCAACUACAAACUCAGCAAAAGGACCGGACUCCUGCCACCACCAUCUUAGCUCAACUUCCUACAAACUACGUGGGUCAAAUAACAGGGGCAUGCAACAUAAGGAGUAUUUUAAUAAGCAAAAAAACAAAACAAAACAAAACCGCAACUGUAAAAACAGGCGGGAACACUUUCAGCCAAGUUAUUUGUUUUGUUAAGAAUUUUCAGCUCAGCUGGAAAUCUUGUUGCAUUUUCAAUGUUCACAGCGCCAUCAGUUGCCUGUUUAGUG